AUGGCUAUGGUGGAAAAACAAGGUUGGUUUCUCAUGAAUAACACGCAAGCGUUGGUGUCCAGGUUCUUUAAAGCAAGGUACUUUCCUAAAACUACCUUCCUUGAUGCUAAUCUCGGUUAUAAUCCUAGCUUUGUUUGGAGAAGUAUUUGGAAAGCUAGAGAAGUGCUAACUUUUGGUUGUAGGUGGAGUAUAGGUGAUGGUAGCCAAAUAAAAGUUAUGAAUGAACCUUGUAUUCAAGGUAAAGCAGAGGAUUGUAUGCAUUUACCGCAACAACAAGGUAUUUAUAAUUUGGUUGUUAAGGACUUGAUGCUUCCUAACGUUAAACAGUGGAAUAUGGGAGUGAUUCGCAAUUUGUUUGAUUGUGUAGGAGCGGAGGAAAUUAUUUCUGUCCCGCUUGUGGAGGAUGUUACUGAAGAUAGAUUGGUGUGGAAGGAAGAAAAAGAUGGUGAGUAUUUAAUGUCCAUGUCCAUGUCCAUGUUGUGA